AUGGUGGCCCACCACAGUUACGGCACUGUGCGCGGUGACGUGGAUCGACUAGAGUGUGGCCUGGCUGAUCCCAUGCCCUCCCACGUUAGCCGUGGCAGCAGCCGGCGCCUCAGCCCUCGGCGCCAGACCAGCGAGGAAAUCGAAGAGGCACUGGACGCCAAGUGCGCCGAACUACUCUCGCCGAGCGCGCGCAUCUCGUUGGCCUACUACCGGAACGAGUACGAGACGCGUGCCAUGACGGUGGAUGCCUUGGUUGCGGUGCUGCUGGAGCUUCUGGACACGCCGCACAAGUACGCGCUGCUGGGUCACCUGAGAAACUCCAUACGACCGGAGGACCUCGACAAGUUUGACGAGCUGUUGUACCGGCGAGAGGUCCAGGCGGCGCGGUCCAAAGAAACGCAGCAGCAGGUGCAGCUCCAGCUCCAGCUCCAGCAGCAGCAGCAGCAACAACAACAACAACAACAACAGCAGCAGCAGCAGCAACAACAACAACAACAACAGCAGCAGCAGCUCCAGCACCAGCAACAACAACAGCAGCAGCAGUCGGUUGUCGGGGAAGGUGCCUGCGGGGGCGCUGAGCUACCCAGCGAGGACAGCGGAGUCGACCUCACCAGUGGGGGUGGUGGAGGCGGCGGCACUCUUCAGCAGGGCGGAGGCAGCCGCCGACGCAGACCUCCAUUCCGGCGGCACAGUAGUGGCGGUGAGUCCGGCGACAAACAGCUGGCCGUCGAGGACCGCCGCUGGAGCAGCGUCAGCGAGCCACCCAUGGACCCGGACGUGGCGCUCGCCCAGCGGAUCGUGCGUGACCUGGAGCUGAUACCGGCCGAAGAGCCCGUGCGGCUGCCACGCGUGCGCCGCUGUCGCCCGUCGGCCGCCGCCAAGCGCACCACGUUUGCACCGCUACCCGCUUCCACUGGCGGCAGCUCUGCCGACACCGCCGCGGAUGCUCGGCACGACACCAAGGACAAGGGCCACCGGGUGGAGGAACUGAUGGAUGGGCGGAUACGUGUGACGGUACGACGAACCAAACCCGUGCUCGGCAUCGCCAUCGAGGGCGGCAACAACACAUCGCAGCAGCUGCCACGCAUCAUAUCCAUACACGAUUCUGGGGCAGCGAGUGAAGCUGGCGGCCUGCAGACGGGCCACGUGAUACUUGAAGUUCAGGGCGUGUCCACACGCAGGAUGAGCCACGGUCACGUGGCCAAGAUGAUCGCCGAUGCCUACUACGGGAGCCCCGAUGGAGUGUCCCUACUCGUUGGCCAGGGUCCGGCCAGACCUCGCCGGCAGUCCGUCAUGAUCGUCGAUGACUAGGACUUCAACCAAUGCACGGCGUUCGGGCCUCAGUUGGGCCCGCUUCGCGUGCGCCCACUAGCUCAGCCUUGGACUGUCAAUCUCAUGUUCCUGAACACCGACUAGAAAAUAUUAUACGGCGUUGUUGUGCGGCAAGUUGCUGCUAGGCAGCUGCAGAGCGAUACGCAAGGAAUGUGCAAGGACCACGACAAGUUCGCGUUGAUCUAUGUUCGAUGCGUCAGUACGAGUGUCCAGUUUCGCUGUCAACGAGGUCCUUGGACAUGGUCACGGAGGAUUAGACGCCGCAUUUAGCCUGAAGUCCCUGCAGCAGCCGCAUCCUUGGCUACCCUUCCCGAAUAUCGAUUAACGCAGCGCACAGCGGAAGCGGUUGCCUCGCCUAGAGGCUCAAUGGCGAACGUUGCUGGCGACCACCAGCGCAGUCUCCCCCCGUCACUGCAGUGUCCUGUUUUCGUAACCAAGGCGACACAACUGGCGACACUUUUAUGAACAUUUUAUUACAAACUAUAAGCUGCAUCUGAUAUCACGGCACAGUGGAAUGCAAAAUAACUGCUUCGGGUUAUGCCUGCCUGCACCAAGUGCACUACUUGGGAUGCUAACGCGAAGGCUUGGAAGCUUCUACCGUGCCGCUGCGAGUAGCGGCCGCUCGAGCAAUGAUGCUGCCUUAUUUGUUAUCUGUACGCAGUGCAAGUCUGUAUAUCUUGCUUAUAGAUAUCGUUUCGAGGGCCCUGACUUGCGGCCAUUCUGCACAACACGUGUACAUUUAAAGAGUGUAUGCAGCGCCACUGUUUGCUUUUUCCUCCACCAAGUAUAGAGGAAACCAUCAGUAAUGAAUUUCUCUCUGAGACAUUAUGUUGCUAACAGGUUCUUCGUGUUCUGUAGCUGUAUUAUCAUUUCGCAUUAUCCUAGGGAGAAAAAAAAAAGCGCAGCAUGGUAUGAUCAGGAUUGAAUAUGGUAGACACGGUUUAUCUGGCGCACUUAGAAUUUCAUAUGGUGCACGGGUCUCACACGAAGUUAUCAUGACGCCGUGGCCACAUGUUAUAUGUGAAGUAUAUUGCGGUAAUGAUCAAAUUUCUGCGGAUUAUCAGAAAGCUUCGUAAGCGCAGUUUUCCAUAGCGGAUGACUUAUUAACUUUGUUCUUGAUUUACACAAGGUUAUAUAAAAAAAUUUGGCGGGAUUUCUAGCUCCUGCUGCCUCUUUGAAACUAGUGGU